CUUAGGCCAUAAUGUUGGAGAGACAUCUGGGACAGUGUUUGUUGUUCCUUUUCUUCAAAUGUGUGAUGGAGUCUGGUUUUCUCACCUUUAUUCUUGUCUCUUCUUUUGCGGUGGAUUCCUCUCACGGCAUCACAGGCUGGGAUGAUGUUGUGGUGGCUCAAAGGGGCAUGCCUGUCACUUUGGAUUGCACUGAUACAAGUGUCAGAGGUGACAUAGCUAUUAACUGGAUGGUAAAGUUACUUAAUGAGAAAGAAUGGAAACUUGCUCUCUCAGCCACUGAAAAUGACCAGUUCUCUGGUGGUGCCUCAAAAGCAUCCAUGCGACUGAUUGACCCUAACUUUCAAGACAGUGGGAUUUUUUCUCUGUACUUUGAACCUGAUUUGGAGGACAGUGGUUUCUAUUUGUGCUUGAUAAAACAAAAGGAGAGGAAACUGAAGGAGAGGACUGUCCUAUUAGCUAUCCUUACAGUCAGCGUCAGUCCCACUGUUCCUGUUCCUCAGCACAGCACCCUGCGACUGAUUGCCAGCGUUAACCCUGACAGCGCCAUCGCCAAAGUCACCUGGUCAGCACCUGGAGGCUUUUCCCUCAAGAGCGAGAAAACUCGAAACACAGGCACGGUGGCUAAACUGCCCCAGGUCCAGACCAACGACAGUGGCGACUACGUCUGUAGGGUUCACCCCUGGAGCAACAGCAGCAGCACUCUCUUUGCUUUCAAUGUGACCGUCACCAUUGAUGCUGACAAAGUGGCCUCAUUCACUGAUAUAAGACAUGAGUCCACGAUCUCUACUGCUGCUCAGGCUCAGACAUCCUUCCCCUUGACCUGCCCUAAUGUCCAGGGGGACUAUGUCUUGGUGUACUGGCGUCCCCCAGACACGAGGCACAGUAAUACGAGGCUGGUGUACCAGUAUGACCGCUGGAGGGCUUCCACCUUACUGACAGAACAAAGCAAGAGACUCCAGUUGGCUGGUCCGCCCUACAACCCAGAUGCUGGGAGCUUCUCCUUUCUACUCACCCCUGUUUUGAAAGAUGGUGGCCUCUAUACCUGUCAAGUGUUCCUCAAUGACAAUGCCUUCAGCCAGAGUACCCAGCUCAGUGUGAUGAAAGUUAAAACCAAGCGUGAUGCCUUGAAGCAGGAGUUGGUGUGCCUCUACUCAGAGCGGUCCCAGGUUAAAAGUGUGGAAUGGAAACACCACAAUAAGAGUCGUCGACUGCGCAUGUCAAGCAGCGGCCCUGGCAGCAUCACCACAACUCUGCCCUUACCCAUCACUGCCGACAUAGCCGGGAACUACACCUGCACCCUACAACUAAAAAAUGGCCAGAUCGUCAGGGCAACUGAAGCUGUCAUACUGCCCCCUACAGGUAGUCCCACGGUCACUCCCGACUCCAUGCUCCCUUCUCUGUCUGCUUUAUUGCUUCUGGUGCCCCUGUUUGCAGCUGCUGUCGGUGUGUUGCUAUGGAGACAGAAACACAUUUCUGAUCAGGGUAUUGAGCAGUCUCUAUCUGUCCACGUGGGUGAAGAAGAGAACAUUUAUGAGAAUCCUGAGAAUGUCAGACAGGCUCCUCCCCAGGGUUCGGUCUACAUGGAUUUGAAGCCAAGAGGAGAAGAUGAUGUCUAUAAGGAACUGGAGCGAUAUGAGCAGUGUCAGAGCUGAUCACCUACCCACAUCUCAUCCUCAUCCAGCUGUCACAUCCGCUCAGUUCCCAGCUGCAGCAGAAGGCCUUUAUAGACAGAAGUAACAACUGAAGCUCAGAGUUAAGACUAAACUUCAGUGCUUUAGGGAAAUGCUGUUCAGUUGUUUAAAUGUUUUAUUGUUGUUGUUUUUGUUUUGUUCUGUUGUAUUCUAAGCUGUUGGUCUUUUCAAGUCAUGAAGGAGAAAUAUUUUCUCUGAAGCCUCUAAAAUUGUCCCAUAUGUGAGCAACUUAACUGUCUUUUCAUGGGUUUAUUUUAACACUUGGCGUUGUACCUCUUGUAUUUUACUUAUAUAGAUAUCCAUUUCUAAGUAUAGGUAUUUCUAAAUAAACAUUUUUGCUUGUUA